AUGGGAAACACCAUCGAUAUACCCUCUCAUACGCCAAGCGUACCGAGUAACAGGAAUCUGCAAAACUGGGAAAAAACAGCACAUCAAAAUGGGAGCGAGAGCGAGAGCGAAACUGAAAGUGAUAUCAACAACGAAAGUGACAGUGCUUCCGAACAUGGCGACGACAGCGGCAGUGACGAUGUCAAUCACGAAAAGCGUGAAAAAAAGCAUCAUGCUGCCAAGUGCGCCAAAAUGGAAUCCGUUUCUGGCAUGGUCACUCGAGAAAUGGCCACUUCGACACCCGACUCGGCAAGCACAUAUACUGCUGCUGAGGCUAGCGACCUCGCAGCGGAAAAGGUACCCAAAGCUCCUUACACGCUUCUAACUAAUGCACAAAAGUGGUGGAUGGUAGCGUUGCUUACUGCAGCCGGAUUCUGGUCGUCGCUGGGCUCGCCCAUUUACUACCCAGCGCUAAAACAGCUGGAAAAGCAGUUCAACGUCGACGAGGAAAUGGUCAACAUUACAGUCGUAGUGUACCUCAUCUUCCAAGGUGUUGCACCCGCGAUUUCCGGCAGUCUGGCAGAUGUAUAUGGCCGCAGGCCCGUCAUAUUGUUUGGUAUGCUGGUCUACGUCUGCGCAUCAAUCGGGCUGGCGUGCUCGCAAUCCUACGGUGUAAUUGUGUUUCUGAGGUGUCUACAAAGUGCGGGUAUAUCUCCAAUCAUUGCCAUCAAUUCUGGCGUCGCAGGCGAUUUCACAUUGAAACAUGAACGUGGUACUUUCGUAGGGGCUGUGUCAGGUUUCACACUGAUGGGACAAGCGUUUGGGUCCUUGAUUGGUGCUGCUCUGACUGCAGCCUACGAUUGGAGAGCCAUUUUCUGGUUUUUGACCAUCGGAUGUGGUACAUGCAUGAUCAUUAACUUCAUACUAUUACCAGAAACUAAGCGAACAAUUGUGGGGAAUAUGUCCAUAAGACCAAAAAGGCUUAUUAACACUGCCCCUAUCUUCCUACUCAAGUCAGUGAGGGAUCACUUCAAAUAUUCAGAUCCCGACCAAGAAACUCUCGAUCCUAACAAGCCCAAAGUUGACUUGAUUUCCACGCUCAAGAUUUUAACGCAUCCCGAGAUCUUGAUGGCAUUAAUGCCUGCUGGACUUCAGUUCGCCCUGUGGACUUUGACUUUGACGUCGAUCUCAUCUCAGCUAACAGCGGCUCCCUACAAUUACAAACUAACUAUUGUGGGUAUAUGUUACUUACCAUCUGGUAUUGGUGGUCUAGUAGGGUCGUUUGUGACUGGGAAAAUUAUAGACAUUUACUACAGCAGGGCAGUGAGAUCAUUCGAGGAAAAGAAGGAACAAGGCCUUAUCCCACCAGACGCAAAAUUCAAUACUCUGAGAUCGCGUCUUUUCACUUCAAUUCCUCAAAACUUCCUCUCCGUUGUGGCAUUCACACUUUUUGGUUGGAGUAUCCAAAAAGGAUGGCAUAUCUCAGUACCUUUGAUUACAUCCGCAAUUGGGUCAUUCUGUGCCAUGAGCACCCUUUCUUCGUCUAGUACGCUACUGGUCGACCUUUACCCAAGCCGUUCAUCCACCGCUACCAGUUCUUACAAUUUCGUUAGAUGUUCGCUGAGUGCCAUUUCCAUGGCCUGUUUAGCUAAAAUGAACAAGGCACUAACGGUGGGUGGGACCUUCACCUUAAUAAGUGGUUUCAUCUUCAUCGGGAAUUUCAUCACAUUUAUCCCCAUGAUGUAUGGGAUGAAAUGGCGGGAAAGAAGAGCAUUGCGUGCGGAACGGAAGGCAAUGAUGAUAGAAUAG